GAGUAUACAUAAUCAGCAAAAGCUGGAAAUAAAAGAUAGGCCGGUACGUUGGUCGAACGUUGGAGCUGCAAGACUUCCGGUAGAAAAGGAACUUGAGGAAUGGAACAGACAUUCAUCUACCCUGCAAUAAACCCAACCGAUCGUGAUUCCAUUGAAAAAAAAAAGCUACAUGAAUGCAAAGGUCUGGUCAUUGACAUUGCCAAUCAUUCCAGUAAAAAAAAAAGAAGACUUGAAUGCAAAGAGCUGAUCAUUGACAUUCCACUGGAACUGGAGGCUUCUCGUUGUCCUGAUAAGUACUGUAUCUACAGGGUUCCCAAGAGACUUCGCGAGGUCAAUAAUAAGGCCUACACCCCUCGGCUGGUUUCUAUCGGCCCUUUUCAUCACCGCCGUGAAGAGUUGAAGGACAUGGAUAUACAAAAAUUCCUAAUUUUCAAGAAUUUCUGUAAUCGUACUGGGAAGAGCAUCGAGGAUCUUAAAUGCAUCAUCAGGCCCAAAGAAAUGGAAAUCCGCAGCUGCUAUUCAGAGACCUUUCUACUCAGCAGUGAAGGGUUUCUAAACAUGAUUCUACUGGAUGCUAUCUUUAUACUUGAGCUCUUCUGCAGGAAAUCUGAAAAAGAAUAUUCUGGAAGCUCAAAGCCUCGUGAAGAAUAUUCUGAAAACUCAAAGGCUCAAGAAAAAGAUUCUGGAAACUCAAAGGCUCAUUAUCAAAUAGAUUAUAUAUUAAGCCGGCCGUGCAUGGAACGCGGCAUACGGCAUGACCUGCUUCUACUUGAGAAUCAGCUCCCUUUCUUUGUUCUUAAGGAGUUAUACCAACAAUAUGUGAAACCCAAUACAGAAGAAAAGACUCUUCUUGAGCUCUCUUGUGGGUUUUUUGGUGAUCUCUAUCAUGGUUGGAAGCAAGAGUCCAAGAAGUGUUUUAAUGGUUUGGUGAACCGACGCUCACCAAAUUUCAUUGAAGUAAAGCACUUCACAGAUUUGGUGAGAUAUUUUUUCCUUCCACUAGGCCCAAACCAGAGCUCACCGGAUUCCAGUGCAGAAAACCAAAAAGAAGGGCCCAAAGGAAACCAAAAACACCUACAUUUUACAGCAACAAAGCUUGACGAGGCAGGUUUGAAAUUCACUACGCCAGAUUCAGCAACAUCUUUACUUGAUAUAAAAUUCCGGCCGAAUGGAUGCUUAGAAAGCUUCCCGAUCUUCAAUCUCUCAUGGUUCUUGUCUUGCCUACCAUGCCUGAAAAGCACUUGCUUGGUCCAUAUGCAACGUUUCUUGGAAGUCCCACCCCUUCUGUUGGACGACAAAACCGACGGUCUUUUCCGAAACCUGAUGGCCUUGGAGCAGUGCCAUUAUCCAGAUAAAACUGACAUUUGCGAUUACAUUGUGCUGAUGGAUGAUCUUAUCACAACUAAAGCAGAUGUAAGGUUGCUUGUUGACAAGAAGAUCAUUGUUAACGAGUUAGGUUCCAGCGCUGCAGUGACGAAACUGGUUAACAACCUCGCCCUGGAGAUUGAAGAAAGUGGAUCCCUUUACGUCAAGCUCUGUGGACAGCUUAAUAGGUACUGCGAGAGCAAUUGGAAUCGUCUGGUGGGAACCUUGACUAGCGUGUAUUUCCCAGACUUCUUUAAAGGCACUGCUUCUGUUGUUGGGAUUAUUGUCCUGGGUCUCACUUUGUGGAAUUUCAACAGGCUCCUUAGAUUGAGUGCUAGGAAGUACUAGAUUUGAAGCAUCUCAUGUGGGUAGUGUUUGUUGGAGUGCUAUAUAAAAUGCUAGCUAGCUAGCUAUUAGAUGCG